AUGCCCGAGACAAAACACGCCCUUCAGUUUUAUGAUCAACCAGCCGCGGACUCGGAGCUCACCCUAGUCGACUGGAUGCCUGGCUCUCAGCAGACCACAGUGAUCGGCUCUGUCUCAGACACAGACCGUACGACCGAGUACGUGUCUCCCCACGGCCACCAGACAACAACCGACCAGGACCUCGAGAUGGCCGUCACAAACCCUACAGUCCGAUUCAACGAUCCUGUGAGCCCUGAUCAUAGACGCCAGAGGGCUGGACAGACUCGCAGUCCAGCCCUUCAACCACGAGGCCGACGCUCUCAGGGCCAGAUCUCUCGCGGACUAUCGACGAUAGGGCGCACAAUCUCCGCCACCUGCUCGUGGCCUUAUCACCAACUGCAUCGAGCCUGGGAGGCUCUGGGCACAUCUGCACGUUGGGGGGUGGUCAUCUUUGCCAGUUUCGCCGCCGCCGCCUUUGGGAUCCUGGGCUUGUCCGCUGGGCUAAGUGGAGCGCUGGCGGCUGUGGGUCAACACAGAUGA